AUGAAGUCCUCGCCGGCAUCCGUGGUCGGCAUACUCGGCCGACUGUCGACCGGCGUCUCCAGGGUCAGCAUACGGCAUGGCCACACCAUGCCGCGGCGCAGACAGCCGCGGUAUGAACUGACAGGCUUCAAGCAAGGCCUGGGCGAGCGGAUCUGGGUGCACCACCACAUCGCCAAGGGCAUGAUCAUCUACACACACGAGCCCGAGUUAAAGCGCGACUCCCACAAGGGCCUCUCCCAGAUCCCCUUCACGGUCAAGAAGCAGAAGCCAGCCGAGCUGAGGAAGGACUACUGGGCGCCGCUGUGCCUGAUCGAGGUGCCCAAGGGGCUGGGCCUGGUGGGCCGCAACGUGAUGCAGAAGCUGCGCGAGUUCCGGCACCGCCACGAGCUCGAGUGGGGGUGGCAGGCCGCCGAGUUCCUGUCCAAGUCGCGGCGGGAGCGCGGCGAGCUGAUCCACAACCAGCGGUCCAACGCCAUCGCCGACAUCGCGGCGGUGCUGGCCGGCAAGGGCCGGGGCAACAGGAUGUGGGUUGAGGAGGGCGAGGACGCAGCAGCAGCAGCAGAAAAAGAAGAAAAGAUCGCAGCGGAGGCCGAGGCCCAGCCCGUGGGCGCGGCUGCACCAGAGAACAUCGACGAGACGGCGGCGGCUGCGGCUGACAAGUCCCCCGCAAAGUCAAAACCAAAGCCCAAGACCAGGGCGGCGGCGUCGACAGCGCCGAAGACGCUCGUCAAGGCCAACAUCUACUGGUCCAACGACGCAGAUCGCCACUGGGCUAGGCAGUGGACGGAGAACGUGACGCACUCCGUUGGGCUGCCGGAGCACGUUACGCACCCAAGUUUCAAGACAAGCUACUUGUUGGAAGGGCCACUGGAGGAGCCCGAGACCGCAGAGGCUGCAGAGGCCGCCGACGGCAAUGAGACUGCUGCUGAGCCAAACACUGCGGCAGAGCAGGAGCAGCCCCAGCCCAAGAAGGGAUGGCUGGGAUGGUUAGGGAAAGGCAGCAGCUCCUCGCAGGAGACCAGGGUAUAG